AUGACAAGACCUGAUCUAGCCUUUGUGGUUCAGGUUCUAAGCCAACAUAUGCAUGCACCUAAAACCUCUCAUAUGGAAGCUGCUAAGAGGGUGGUUAGAUACAUUAAGGGAACUGCUGGUCUUGAUUGGGGCUCAUAUGUUGAGACUGGAAAGUCAGUUACAGGAUGUGUGGUGAAACUUGGAGGUGCACUGGUAUCUUGGAAAUCUAAGAAACAACAAACAGUUUCCAAGAGUUCUGCAGAAGCUAAAUUUAGAAGUAUGGCUUCUACUGUUGCUGAAAUCACAUGGUUGAAUGGGCUGUUUAAAGAACUGAGCUUGAAGUUAAUGCUACCAAUAACUCUAUUUUUGUGA